CAGCUCUCCUCCGCUUUACUUACCUACUCAAUCUGACGCGAUGCCAGACCCGCCACCAGAACCCGCACCGCACACCUCAGCGCCUUGCGAUGGCCAGGCCGCCGACGAGGCUAUUGUCACAGCACACAGCUUCCUGGUACACCAGGCUGACCUAGAGCGCGAGGCAGCCGAGGUGCUUCCAGGCAAGUUCGAUGAAUGCACAUAUGACAAGGGCUACAUCCGCCAGCCCCUUUUUGCCUGCCUGACAUGCACCCAUCCGCCAUCCAAAUACCAGCGCAGCAAAGCCGAUACGGGUCCCGAAACCGCGCCAGCCGGGAUGUGCUACUCCUGCAGCAUAGAGUGCCAUACAGGACACGAAGUAAUAGAGUUGUUUGCCAAGCGCAGCUUCCAGUGUGACUGUGGCACAGCACGACUAUUGCCGGCAGGAAAGGGGUCGUGCUGCGAGCUGAAGAGUACGCGAACUAUGCUGGCCGAGUUCACAAACACGAAGAACGCGUAUAAUCAUAACUUCUGGGGGUUCUACUGCCGCUGCGAUAAGUUUUACGAUCCGGACGACAGUACGGUAAUGAUCCAGUGCUAUAUAUGCAAUGACUGGUACCAUGACCGAUGCAUUGGCAAGAUGCCUGACGAAGAUGACUAUGAGGACUAUAUCUGCCGCGAGCGCAUCGACACGACAUUGGUCUUUCGCGGCGCCAUUGCUUGGCUGCCGUACACGAGUGCUGAAGAACAAAAGGUCGAUGUAGUUAGCACUGAGGACAAGGCCCAGGAGAAUGCCGAUGAGCGCCCACGCAAGAGAACAAAGACCAGCGCAUGCCGGCUAUUGCCUGACAACAAUGACAUCUGCACUUGUGUCGUGUGUAUCAAGAAGAUCGAGAUGCAGAACCUGGAGUUCCUGCUGGACAGCGACGAGAUCGUUGAGCCAGAGGUGGACGACUCGCGUGGUGAAUCGCUGAUACGAAGGAUGGACCACACGCGGGCGGUCGACGCAGCAUCAGCAUACCACGCCAUGAGCACCAAACUCAAGGAGUACCUGCGGCCGUUUGCCAGCACGGGAAAAGUGGUCACACAGCAGGACAUUGCCAAGUUCUUCGAGCAGCAGAAGCAGAACACCCCCUAGGCUGUCUUGGACUCAGUACAUGCUUUAUUUCAACACCGAUAAGCAUCUGUGCCCGAAGUGAAUAUAUGGAAACUCUAG